AUGGUGUGGUGUGUUGUACAUUUUGUUUUGGACAACACUGUGGAAGUAGUUCCUGGAUUCUGGUAUGCAAAAGGGAAUUGUGCUUGGCCAAGAUCGUCCAAAACUAAAGACAUAAAAAAAGCAAUAUUCAAUCAAGUACGACCAAAUAAGCUUGAUUUUUCGUUUUUUGAAGCACGUUGUUUGAGCAGUAAUAUCGACAGUUUUUCAAAGGCCCAAAAAAAAUGUGAGAUGGCAAAGGGUAAAUCUGACCUUUCUUCGACAGAAGAAGAUAAAUUAAAAAAGAAAAAAAUUAGAAGACAAAAUAGAGUUUGUUUACAAUCUGAUAGUGAACAAUCUGACACAUUAUCUGACAUGAACCAAAAUUCAAUACCAUGUUAUCAUUCUGCAGAUUCAGAUUCUAGUCCUAAUAAAAAUAUUAUUGUAGCCGACAACCAAAACAUAAAAUUUUUAAGACAGGAUAUUGUUCUUGAACGUCGACCUGAUGGUUGGUCGCCAUUAAAAGUCUCUAAAAAUAAUAAUAUUAUCCCUAUACCUAGAAACAAAUCUGAUAACGGCAGUGUUAUUAUGUCUCCAUUAAAAACAUCCAAAUAUACAUCUUCAUCUCAGUCACACGGUGUAAAAAGGAGCCUAUUUGAUGAUAUUAAUAAAAGUCCAAAUAGCAAUGAUUCAAGUUUAACUGCCUGUACGCCAAACAAUUCUAUUAUUAAUGAUGAUCAAUAUGCGAGGUUAUUGAAUUAUAUGCUAACAAUUAAAUAUGAAAUUAAAUCAAUACAUGAGAAAUUAGAUAUAAUUAUUCAGAGAGACGAAGAAAAUACUUUGACAAAAACUAGAGAAUCUCAACUCUUAUACGACACUUGUCUUAUAGAUGAUAAAUUGCCUAUUAAAAGCCAGGAAAAUCUACAAGAAUUUGAAAAUGAGUUAUAUAUUGAUAAAAUUUAUCGGCAUCAGUUGGUCAAACGUUUAUCAUCUGUUGGUGGAAAAUCCAUUAAAAUUAUGGUAAAACGAAUAAUGACUCUAAUGUUUACACCUGAAUUGCUAUGCAAAUUUUCAUACAACGGACGCGGAAAUAAAAAAUGCUCGUUUGAAAAAUUACUUGUGAAUAAAAUUAUUUUUGAAUCUGUGAAAACUAUUAAAAAAUUUGCUGCAUCCGAUAAUUCAACCAACGAAAUUGAACAGGUUAUAAAAUAUGUGCUAAUUCAAACGCCAUUUAAAAUUAGAGAUAAGACAGUUAAAUAA